AUGUACAGACUUCACUCGUUUCCGCGAACACCAUUCACGGUUAUCUAUCUAUCUAUCUAUCUAUCUAUCUAUCUAUCUAUCUAUCUAUCUAUCUCAGUCUAUUCAUAUCUAUCUAUUUAUCUAGAUCUUUAUCUCUCGCCUAUCUCUUUCUCUGUCUGCAUCUAUCUAUCUAUCUAUCUAUCUAUCUAUCUAUCUAUCUAUCUAUCUAUCUAUCUAUCCCAGCAUCUAUCUAUCUAUCUAUCUAUCUAUCUAUCUAUCUAUCUAUCUCAGUCUAUUCAUAUAUAUCUAUUUAUCUUGAUCUUUAUCUCUCGCCCUAUCUCUCUCUCUCUCUCUCUCUGUCUAUCUAUUUAUCUAUCUAUUACUGCAGACGGUCUCCGUGAGCCAAGCCUCUCCUGUUAUUAUGUCUCCCUGCGUAUGUGUUAUGUCCUCCAGUUGACACAAAUCCAAGCUUCACUUAAAUCAGGACCUUACCUGCUAUCAUCAGUCAUCAACCAAUUUCUUUCUUUCAGUCUUUACCAGAACUUGACAUUCGUUGUCUUGUUGACGGAUGCCGAAGUAAAUAGUCAUUAUAAAUAUAAUUUGUCCAGCAUUUUUCUCGGGUUGAUAUCCUCAUUAUUUGGGCGUCAAUUAGCAAAAGAAAUUCGUGAGGAAAGAAUUUUUUGA